GAAUUAACAAUGACCUUUUCGUCAUCCAGUCAGAAGUCACUUGCCUGUGCACACGUUGGCCUCUCUCGCUGUGUGGAGCUGCAGCUCUUCAACAGCGCCGUGACGAUCGCUGGUCACGUGACUUCCCUGGUCCUGUUGUCCGUCAGGCUCGCUCAGAGUUUGAGCCAGACGGAGAUAAGCGAGAAGUGAGAAGAGGACAGGGGGAGACAGUCGAGAGGACCCGCACGUUUUACAUCCACCAUGAGCCAGCGGGACGAGCUGUUAAAGUGUAUAUGGCACGCAUUCACGGCGCUGGACGUGGACAAGAGCGGCAAAGUGUCCAAAUCUCAGCUGAAGGUGCUGUCGCACAACUUGUGCACAGUGAUGAAAAUCCCACACAACCCUGCGGCACUGGAGGAGCACUUUAAAGAUGAUGACGAGGGCCCGGUCUCCAACCAAGGAUACAUGCCAUACCUGAACAAAUUCAUCCUGGAUAAGGUGUCAGACGACUUUGACCGUCAGGACUUCCACAAAAUGUGCUGGACUCUGUGCUCCAAAAAAAACCUGCAACAAAGUCAGCUGCUCAUCUCCAACGAUGACUCCUUUAAGAUCUGGUGCAUCUUCAACUUCCUGUCUGAGGACAGAUAUCCUCUGAUCAUAGUCACCGAGGAGAUCGAGUACUUCCUGCGUAAGCUGACGGAGGCCAUGGGGGGCAGCUGGGUAGAGGAGCGUUUUGAAGACUACAAGUUACAGCUGGACUCCAAGCAGCACUGCCUGAGUGUAUGGGAGCUGAUCAGGCUGGUGGGGUCAGGUCACUUCAGUAAAGGAAUGGACAAACAGGGGUUCUCCAUGGGCAUCAAUGAGGUCUACCAGGAGCUUAUCCUGGACGUACUCAAACAGGGUUACUUGAUGAAAAAAGGUCACAAGCGAAAGAACUGGACAGAGCGCUGGUUUGUGCUGAAGCCAAACUUUAUUUCCUACUAUGUCGGUGAAGACCUGGCUGAUAACAAAGGGAACAUCUUAUUGGAUGGAAACUGUUCUGUGGAGCCUUUGCCAGACAAAGAGGGAAAGAAAUGUCUCUUCCUCAUAAAGUCGUCGUUGAAAAGCUUUGAAAUCAGUGCUUCAGACAAGAAGAAGAAGCAGGAGUGGAUCCAGGCCAUUCAGACCUGUGUGAGUCUGCUGCGUCAGUGCAGGCAGGCGCCACAUUGUGAGGCCCGACAAAAGCGGCGUGAGAUGCGACUGAGGCAGCAGGCUGAGCAGGAGGAGCUGCAGCUGAGGAUGAGGGAACUGCAGAUGGCCAACGAGCUCAAGCAGCAGGAGCUGGAGAACAUGAGGAAGGCUUUAGAAGAGGCAGCAUCCGAUGCUGCAGAGGAGGAACGGCGAAGACUUCAGACCCAAACUGAACUUCAGGAUCGCUACAGGAUGGACCUUGAGAGAGAGAAAAUGGUACGGCAGCAGAUGGAAAAGCAAGUAGCUCAGAAGUCAACAGAGCUGGAGCAGUACCUGCAGAGGGUCCGUGAGCUAGAGGACAUGUAUCGUCAGCUAGAGGACGCACUGGAGGAUGAGAGACGUGCCAGACAGGAUGAGGAGACAGUUCGUAAACUUCAGGCGAGGUUACUGGAGGAAGAGGCUAUGAAGAGGUCAGAGCUGGAGCAGAUCCACCUGCGGCAGCAGCAGGCCAUCACCGAGACAGAAGCCGAGAAACAGGAGCUGGAGAAGGAGCGUCUUGCUAAAGAGAGCGCAUUACAAGCAGCAAUGAAACAGCUGGAACAGUUGGAGCAAGAGCGACAAGGGACGUUGGAACAGUACCAGACAGUGAUGAAAAAGCUUGAAGAUGCAACCAACAACACGAGGUCAUGGAAGCACAAGGUGGCAGCACAUGAGGGCAUGCUCCGGCUUAUUCAACCAGGUUCCAAAGGACAGGCACUGAUCACCAACUGGGGCCCAGCUGCCUUUUCUGAUGCAGAGCUCAGUCUGAGAGAGAAGAAGUGGCAGGAUAUGAAGAACCAGGUGAACCAGGCCCAGUAGACGUCAGUAGUUCUUCCCAGGAAAACAGCUGCCGGAAUAUUCUGUAAGAAAGUGUCUAAUAAGUUAGAUUUAGGAUAAUGCAGGAAAUCACAUGCAGAUGAGGCAUUACAUAUUUUAAACCACAUCCAUUUAGCAUUUAAUAUCAGCUAGUUGAAUGUCGGUCAUCAUGAAUUACAAUAGUAUUAACUAUACUGCCAAACAGAUGACCUUCAAAUCAUUUUUUUUGUUUUGUUUUUUUUAAUGGCACCUGAAUUACAGUUACAAUAGAAAGAAGUGCUUGUAAUAUUUUCUUCCACUAUACCCAAAAGCACUACGUUUGACCACAGACAGACCUGACUAACAGAGAUGUAGGAUUAGGCUGGUUGGAGGUUCAUGUUUGUUUCAACCACGUCUGUCUUUAUGUACAGUUUGAAAAGGUAUUUUCACUGAUAACAUGUCUAAUGUGAAGACUAUUAUUAAGGAGGAUGUUGUUUCUUAUAUCCUGAAAAAAAUAACGAGAUUAAAAAUACGUGUUAAUGUGUAGAGUAUUCUUCGUAUUAAGGGCAGUAUCUUCUCUUUAUAAUCAGUUCAUACAACAUGUAUUUAGAUAUGAAGUAUAACACUGGAUUCUAACUGCUAAAUUUGUAUGUGGUGUUUUUACUUUAACAGUGGAUUUGAUAUUUCUGAGUAAACACUGAUUCCAAUUAGAUGUUUUUAUACAUAUGUAAAAAGAAAAAAAGCAGAAGGCUGAUCUAUAUAAUAAACACAGUCUUGUCACCUAAA